AAUAGUCUUUUAUCAGUUAGAAAAGACAGUUUCAAGUAAUAUUGCAAAAAUGUAUAAAACAAAACAUCCUCUUUAGCACCUUUAAUAACGUUCGUUCAAAGUUUUCUGGUCUUUAAUAAUGUUCCCAAAACGUUUAUAUAUCAUUCAUGGAACUUUUUUUCCCCCUGAAACGUUUUAGUUGGAUGUUUGACUAACAUUUUUAAUGUGUUACUAUGUUUCAAGUAACAUUCUCAUGUUUGAAAAAUGAUGGAAUGCUCCCUUAACAUCGAAUAACCAAGAAAAAAAAAAUGUUUUAAAACAUUAAAGAACUGCACGUUUUGAACAUUUAGAGAACAUUCAGAAAUAAUGUUUUAUAAAUGAACUUAAUGGGAACGUUAGCAAAACGUUUUUAGAGCAUGUUUAUGUUAGCUGGGUAAGUAGAUAGACAGAUAGAUUCAAUCUAGCUAGAAUAAUAUUGAUUAGUGACAUUACAAAUAUUAAUGUUGUAUCCCAUAAUGCAUUGACGGCUGGGUUAGUCAUGUGCUAGACAACCCUGUAUGAAGGCCUAAUGAGGAACCUUAUCUUACUGUUCCUUCUUUAGAGACAACAUUUAAAAGUAACAUGUUUGAAAAAUGAGCAUUCAGAGAACAUUUGGAAAUAACUUCUUAAAAAUGAGCUUAAUGGGCAUGUUAGCAAAACGUUUGUAUACCAUAGAUAGAUAGAUAGAUAGAUAGAUAGAUAGAUUCAAGCUAGAAUAAUAUAUUGAUUAGUGACAUUACUAAUAUUAAUGUUGUAUCCCAUCAUGUAUUGACGGUUGGGUUAGUCAUGUGUUAGACAACCCUAUAAUGAAGGCCUGAUGAGGAACCUUAUCUUACUGUUCCUUGAAUUUUUCACUAAUUAUCAAUGAUUCAAUGAAUUUUGAUAUAGCAACUAGGGUAAAGCCAUAACAUGCAAGAAGAAGAGACAGAUGCACAGGUACUUUCACUAUUUAGCCAUUAUAGCAGCUUACAUAAUACAUCACAUACUACAUUAUGCAUUAUACAGAUAUGUGUAUAGCCUACAUCAGUGAGAAAUCCUACGCUGCCUAAAACACUCAUUUAGAUCAUGCUAAUGGGCUCUCAUUUAUCUCAGGCUGUCAUGUAUAUCCUGGCCAUCUAAAACCGCCUGUUUACUUUGGUGUGUCCGACUCCAAAACAGUCGUGUCUGGUGUUGCUAGGCCUCACUACAUUAGCAUUAUAACGUCAUCACACCUUAUUAACAUUCAUGUUUUGACCACACGUUGUUAAUACUGUAAAAACUUCAAGCUUGAUGUUAAUUGUCAGUCAAACAGAAGUAUUAACAUCUCUAACCUAUAGGUAACAUAAAACUCUGUCUUUUGAACAAAUGCAUGAGCAUUUCAUUAAGUGCGCAUAGCUAACGUAGCUGCUCAAUGUAACCAACUGACCACAUAUUCUGUCUUCAUUUUCUAUGCUGUAUGAUUGACCAUCUCCAGCUACUCAACAAUAAAGGACUGUAAUGCAAACUCCUCUGGCCUGUAGAGUCUUCUUGUGUCGAGUCAACUGGCAUGACGGGGUCAAAUGGCCCUUAUAUUGGCAGGUGAACUAAAGGAGGAGAGUAUGGGAGGGGUGCCGAAACUGAAGAUGCGGGAGAUGCUCUUGAGAAAGGAGGGGGCCGAGUGAGUGAUAUUUAAACCCCAGAGGUUCUCUCUCUCCCCUCAUCUGUGCUUCAGCUCUCCGGCUGUCUAUCACUAUCUCCUGCACUUCAUUACAGACAAAGGAAGCUCUCCGUAGGCAUUCAGUAGUUUGCUGAACCUGGAGAAAGAAGAUCCAAGAUGCCACGCUCAAAGUGUGAUGUCAUGUCCAAAGAACCAAGCUCCAACUUGGAAAGCGCCAUGCAGAUGCUCAUCAAGACCUUUCAUAAGUAUUCCGGAAAGGAAGGAGACAAAUACACGCUCAGCCGAGGGGAACUAAGGGAACUUCUGACAGAGGAGCUGGGAAAUUAUCUUGGGAACGCUCAAGAUAAAGAUGCGGUGGAACGAGUGAUGAACGACCUGGAUUCCAAUAACGAUGGCGAGGUGGACUUCACCGAGUUCAUCAUCCUCAUGGGGGCGCUGACCGUGGCCUGCAACGACUUCUUCCUGGACAGUCCGCCGCCUAAAAAGCCUGAUGGCAAGGGCGAUGCAGCAACAGAGGAAAAGAAAGAGUAAAGCGCAAAUGCUACAAAAACAGAGAGAGAAAACAGAGAGAAGUAUUAUUAGGUUGCAUGGUUGAGAACAAGAGAGUGCACAAGUUUCAUCCAUUUCUUUAAUCAGGACCGACAAACCUAGUUCCUGGAGGAGAUUUCUCUGCUUUUAUAAUUCAACCCAAGCUGUUAAUAUACUUUUAAAGCAAAACUGACAAACCCCAAAGUUCGAAGACUUGGGGGUUUGACAGAAACACACAUCAGUGCAGUGAAAAGGAGCUGGUUUGUCUAACGCUGAACUAUUUUUUUUCUACUUAAUGAGACGUUUUUGAGUAUAAAAAUCUUUCAGAUGGGUGCCUUCUGCUUCAUAUAAGAACACAUGACCGCAGACAUUAUAUACAGCUGUAUAAAGUCUGUUUUUGGAUGAAGAUAUAGCA